CAACAGAUACAACUUGGUGGUACUUAUUUAAUAUAUAACCUUGUUUUCUGUGUAUGUGAUAUUGAAUAGAGUGAUUGAAAUUCCACCUUAUAAAAUGUUUUCUUUUGCUGGGUACAGCAGCCCAUGCCUAAAGAGGUAGCGGUUGGGAGGAUUGCGGUUCAAGGCCAGUCUGAUCAAAAAGUUCCUGAGGCCAUAUCUCAACCAAUAAAAAGCUAGACAUGUGCUUAUUAUCCAACUAUCACCAAUUUCAGCCUAACUGCCAAACCUUAUUUGAAAAAGAAAGCAAAAAGGUUGGGAGCAUGGCUCAAGUGGUAGAGUGCCUGCCUAGGAACUGCAAGACCCUGAGUUCAAACCCUUGUAUUGCAAAAAAAACCCCAAGAUUUAAAAUAGUAAAGCUGCUGCAUAUCUGAAAUAUGUAGUAAAUGAACAAUAUCAUUUUGUAGAGGAAAAAGCUAAGAUGUGUAAGCCUAAUUAAGGUGUUAAAUUUUUAUUUGUGAGAAAAUGUUAAUAGGAUUAUUCUGUGUUUCAGAAUUAGAUAUUCUUGGACUUUUGGGACAUUGUUUAAGAAUGUGUUUUCUAUGUUAAGUGUUCUAAGGAAAACUGAACUUUAUUGAUAACUUUACUGUAAUGGGAACAUGUGGAAAAAUAAUUCCAGUGGCCACUCUCCUUUGCACAGUUGUAUCACUGUACAUUUUCUCCUUUAGUUAAAAAAAUUAUUUCAUUGCCUCUAAGGAUAGUGCUUUUAAAGAAUCAUGUGAUUCAAAAGUUUUACUCAUGUAAGAAUGCCUUGGGUUUAUUUUAGGCAAUCUCAUUACUCAUCAUUUAUAUUCUCUUAAAGAUACAACUGGAGGUACAAAAAGAUUUUCAUCAUGCUCAAUCCUGAGUUUGGGUCCCCAAACUCACUGAGCUGUGCUGUGUUGAUCCAGUUUACUCUGAGCUCGAAUGGCCAGCUGAAUUCAGUUCUGUCCCUUUUGAAAUGUACAGCAAGCUUCCUUUCAAGUGCUUAUUGCUAGGAUUGGAUGAAUUGUUGCAGGAUGAUAAGGGAAAUGUUGUCUUUGGAUUAUAUGAUUGCCACACCAGACAAAAUGAGCAUCUGUAUACCUUUGAAAAAGACUUGCAAGUCAUCAGCUGUUCUGUCAACAGUGAGAGAACUUUGCUUGCUGCAAGUUUAGUUCAAUCUACUAAAGAAGGAAGAAAGAAUGAGCUUCAACCAGGAUCCAAAUGCUUAACUUUGCUGGUAGAAAUCCACCCUGUAAACAAUGUGAGGGUUCUCAAAGCAGUGGAUAGCUCUAUUUGGGUACAGUUCCUCUACCCACAUGUUGAAAGCCAUCCGCUUCCACAGAGCCACCUGUUACUGAUUUCGGAAGAGAAAUAUAUUGAACAAUUUCAUAUCCAAAUGACCCAAGAAGAUGGAAAUAGAGUGGUAAUUAAAAAUUCUGGUCAUUUGCCAAGAGACAGAAUCGCUGAGGAUUUUGUUUGGGCUCAGUGGGAUGCGUCAGAACAGAGAUUAUACUACAUCGACCUGAAGAAAUCAAAGAGUGUCUUCAAAUGCAUCCAGUUUUAUGCUGAUGAGAGCUUUAACUUAAUGCUUGAAGCACCCUUGGACAUCUCAUUAAGUGACUCAGGAUUUCAUCUUGUCAACUUUGGAUGUGAUUAUUGUCAAGACCAAGAGAAAUUAUCUGAACACCCAACUCUGUGUGUUUUCACCAACCAUACAGGAAGUUUGUGUCUGUGUUACAGCCCAAAGUGUGACUCCCAGGAACAAAUCACUUAUUCAGUGUUUUACUUUCAUAAAGGCCUGUGGACCAGUUUAAGGAAUAUGUUUGCACAAGGAUACAGCAAGACUUUCACUGCUGCCGUUGGGAGUACUGGCUCACACACAUCCAAGGCCAUUACUUUCCUCAACCUUGGCUAUUAUGUGGCUGUUUACUUACCCGGGCAUUUCUUUCAUUUGUUGAGCAUUCAACAUCCAGACCUGAUUUGCCACAGUCUGUUUCUGACAGAAAACAACAAAAUGAUUGAUAUGCUACCUCCUAACCCUAUACAGUCACUGUCAGUUUCCCUGGUACUGGAUCAGUGUUCUGGAAAGCUCUAUAGAGUGUUCCUUGACCAGUCAUACUUAUUGUGGUUCCUAUGGAACACAUGCCUAGACUGUGAGAAGAUGGCCACAUUGCACUGUGUGCUGUCAUGUGGCCAAGACCCAUGUUUCUUGGAAGACCAG